AAGACAUUUAACGUAGUUCUUUGCACCACGCGCCUCUGAACUUUCCAUUGCAGAAUCUUAGUCUCAAAACUUUCUUGGAGUGCGUAUGAAAAUGGCUGAUUUUGACUUUAAUCAUCAUGAAUCACAGUCUCGGAGAUAUUGCAGAGCUUCCUGGAUCCCUUCAAUGGGCGCGGUCACAGAUCAGGGACCGACACCGACCGAGACCCAAUUCCAGCACGGCGUGAAGCAUCUCCACGAGAGCGGCCUCCAAAGGCUGCCCACCAAGUACGUACUGCCCCUCCAAGACCGGCCGAAGCCCGAGCCCACCGAGCCAAGCCUGAAGCUCCCCGUCGUCGACCUCGCACAGCUGCGGGGCCCAGCCCGUCAGGGUGUCAUCACCUCCAUCGCCGACGCGUGCAAGAGGUACGGCUUCUUCCAGGUGGUCAACCACGGGGUCACAAGGGGUGCGGCGGAGGGCGUCAUGGACGUGGGGCGAGGGUUCUUCGGGAUGCCCUUCGAGGAGAGGGCCAAGUACAUGUCGGCCGACAUGUCCGGGCCGGUCCGCUGCGGGACGAGCUUCAACCAGCGGAAGGACGAUGUGUUCUGCUGGAGGGAUUUCCUGAAGCUGACGUGCCAGCCCAUGCCGGACGUGCUCACGCACUGGCCUGCUUCCCCAGCUGACCUUAGGAAAGUGGCGGCUACCUACGCGAAAGAGACCCGAGACUUGUUUCUGGUGCUGAUGGAGGCCAUCUUGGAAGGCCUGCAUGCGUCCGACACAGUGGAGACGAAGAAGAAUAUGAAACCAGAGGAAGAAGGAGGAGAAGAAGAUGAUGGCGAUAUCAUGGAGAAGUUAAAAAAUGGAAGCCAACUCAUGGUGGUGAACUAUUUCCCGCCAUGCCCGGAGCCCGACUUGACGCUUGGGUUGCCUCCGCACUCCGACUAUGGCUUCCUCACCCUCCUUCUCCAAGACGAAGUUGAAGGCCUGCAGAUUCAGUUCCAAGAGAACUGGGUCACCGUGGAGCCCAUCGAGAACGGGCUCGUCGUCAACUUGGGCGACCAUUUGGAGAUUUUCAGCAAUGGGAGGUACAAGAGCGUUCUACACAGAGUCCUCGUCAACUCUGAGAGAUCUCGAAUCUCAGUGGCUUCCUUGCACAGCCUUCCUAACGAGUGCAUGGUGAGGCCGUCGCCGAAGCUCAUCGACCGAGCGAACCCGCGGCGGUACAAGGACACCGACUUCGGAAGCUUUCUCGAGUACAUAUCGUCUCGCGAGUCGAAGAAGAAGAAUUUCCUGGAGACCCGGAAGUUGACUUGAUGAUGAAAAGUGUGGAAGAGAAUGCCUAGUAUACAAGUUGGAAGGAAAUUGUGUGCACUUUGACUUUUUAUAGCACCAAUUAUUUGGUAUUG